CCCUUGGACUUUGAGUCCCGCCGCUCUUACACUUUCCGAGUGGAGGCCACCAAUACACUCAUCGACCCCCAGUACAUCCGCAAAGGGCCCUUCAAGGACGUGGCGACGGUCCGUAUUGCGGUCGAGGACGCCGACGAGCCCCCGGCUUUCUCACGCCCCGAGUACCGCCUGGCCGUCUACGAGAACAGCCCCCCGGGGACCCUCGUGGGCAAGGUGACGGCCGUGGACCUCGAUUCCCCCAGCAGCGUCAUCCGAUACUCUGUCCUGCCGCACACGGAUCCCGAGCGCUAUUUCAGCAUCAACUCCCAGGACGGGACGAUCCUGACCUCGGUGCCCCUCGACCGGGAGGUGGUGCCCUGGCAUAAUCUGACCGUGGUGGCGACUGAACUUG